AUGGGAAAGCAGCUCAACAAUGCAACUUCCUCCGCCGGAGAACUGCCUCCGGCGAAGCGAAUCCGGAGAACCAAAACCAUCUGCUCUUGCAACUCUCCUCGUCCGCCAUUUCUCUCCGCUCAUUCCGCUUUCUCUUGGUUCGAUGAGGAUAUUUGGACAGAGAUUGCUAAGUUUCUGGAUGGAAAAUCUCUGAUAAUGCUUGCGGCUACAAGCCGAUGGUUCCGCCGUGCUAUCAUGGAUGACGGUAUUUGGAAGUUUGUUUGUCUCCGUGAUCUUCAAGUCCCGUCUCCACCGCGUAUGGCAUUCAAGUGGAGCAAGCUCUACACUUCUGCGUUUGAUGGAAGCCAUUCCUAUAAGUUCCGUCAGCAGGAAAAGCACAUUGAUUGGAUGCGUAUAGGUGCUUUUUACUUUGAUUCUUCAGUAGCCCUCCUAACAGAGAGACUGACUUUUCCCGGGGAGUUAAAAAGAGAUGAAAGUAUGGAAAAGAUGUUGCGGUCUCACGGUUGCUGCUUUCUAGACAACAUUAAACCUGGAAUCUGGAUAGCUGAUCUGCAGCUUGUGCGAUGCCCGGUCUGUGACCUCAAUACUUGCGAUGGAACAAUGCAGACAUUAGAUGCAAGGCAUAUAGAACUAUUCCUCUGCGAAGGUUACAAAAGUGGUAGCUGGGACUACGACCUUGUUGGAUGUCAUGAUCUCAAGAAGCGAGCAGAUGGGGCAACUGGCUCCAUUUUUGAUGUUAAACACCUGGAGAGUUCUUCUACAUCUGCAGUAUUUGAUUACAAGUCAUGGAUUGGGAAACAUAAUGACUGGCAGCCCAAGGCCAUGAUUGCUUUCCAUGCAGUAGCUGUGAACACUAAUUUACAAGAAAAUGAAGGUCUUCAUGUGAAGUACCAAGCUAUGAGGGCAGGACCUGGUGGAGAAGUUGUUUCCAUUAGAAUCUCUCAGCAGCUUUUGUGAUUCAUCUCAAACCUGCCUUCGAGAAGGGACGGGGUUGGGUAGUUCAUCCCUAGCCUUUAAAAUGCUUUUAUGACCUUUUUAUACCAGACUAUAUACUCUUACAACUGAUUAAAUAUUGUACACCCAUUCAUUAAUUUCGCAUAUGUAGCUAUUAAUGGUUUAAACAUUGAAAAACCAUAAUAGAUACUAUUUCCAAAUGAAAAGUUGGAAAAUAGUAGUGGAAAGGGAACACAUUGUUUUGUAAGAAAGUUAAAAAAUUUCCUUGUAGAACUUGAUACAUCUAGCUUCCCAAAUUUGAAUUGUUUGUUCAGGCCUAUAUUAAAUUCAAAUUAAAGAAAGCUGAAUAUUACUUAUGAU